UGUUAGUGAGUAGUCGGCACGAACCGUGUUCAUUAAAUUAGCGGGCGAAUAGGCCAAAUUAUAAACAAUAAUAUUGAGCAAAAUAUUUAUAAAUUAUAUUCAAUAAGCUUCUGCUUGAAUUGAAAUACUUAAUUUCUGGUCAUUCGUUGUUUUCCAAGCCCAAAAUAAUACCUAAGCCAGCAUGGCUCAUUCAUCCGGAUCAAAAGGAAAUUUAAAAAGUGGCUUCAUAGAUUUCACAGCUGGAUCACUGGGCGGGAUAGCACUUGUGUAUGUGGGACAACCUCUGGACACAGUGAAAGUAAAGAUGCAAACAUUUCCUCAUCUUUACCAGGGAAUGUUUAAUUGCCUAAAACAAACACUUCGUAAUGAUGGUAUAGUUAGGGGGUUGUAUGCAGGCACAACACCAGCAGUUAUGGCAAAUAUUGCAGAGAAUUCUGUAUUAUUUGCAGCCUAUGGAUAUUGUCAAAAAUUUGUGUGUAAUGUGAUAGGAACUGAGAGUGUUGAGGAACUUUCAAUGGUGGGCAAUGCAUCAGCGGGAUUCCUGGCAGCUUUUUUCUCAUCUUUCACAUUAUGUCCAACAGAGUUAAUCAAGUGCCAACUGCAGGCAAUGAGAGAAGUUAACGCUCAAGGCUCACAAACAGCUGUAAAGAUAACCCCGCUACAGUUGACUCAACAAAUAUUCAAACAAUAUGGAAUACAAGGAUUAUUCCGAGGACUUGUACCGACAAUCAUGAGGGAAAUGCCAGGUUACUUCUUCUUCUUUGGUGGAUAUGAAGGUACAAGAGAAUUAUUAUCCAAACCCGGUCAAUCGAAGGAUGAAAUAGGUUUCGUAAAGACUAUGAUAGCUGGUGCAGUUGGAGGAUUACUGUUGUGGACGAUUAUUUUUCCAUCUGAUGUUAUAAAAUCAAGAAUACAAAUAUCAAACAAAAGUCAGAAAUUCCUCACUGUUGGUCUGGAUAUAAUUCAAAAAGAAGGAGUGCUGGCACUUUACAAUGGCCUCAAACCAACAUUAGUAAGAACAAUACCGGCGACUGCAGUUCUAUUCGUCGUAUAUGAAUAUUCAAAGAAGAUUAUGCAUCAGUCCUUUGGUGAUUAAGUAUGAGGCUAAAAGAUAUAUAAUAUUUACAAUAUAAUAAUAAAUUAAUUGUUAUACCUUUAA